AUAUAUAUAUAUAUAUAUAUAUAUAUAAGAUCUCGUUCUUACACGUGUUAUGAAUAAUAAAGGAAUAAGAUAAAAAUAAAAUGUUCAAUCAAAUAGAACAAAUGGAUGACAUAGAAAUUAACAUUUCCGAAGCGAGCACGGUCCCUAAUCGUUUUGUAUUUUCUAAACCAAGUAAUAUAUCUCAUCCUUCAAGAGUUAUUAAUUUUGAUAUAGAAUUGGAUCAUGUUUCUGAUAUCCAUUCCAAUAAGAAGGAUAUAUUUACCUUUGCUGUACCUACAAUACUAUCUCAAUAUGAUGAAAGUCAUAUAAGCUUACAAGCCAAUAAAUCCAACAGAUAUAAGCCAAAAAUUUUUAGAUCCACAUUUAAACCCACAUUUAAUGUGUUUGCUAGUGCUCUUAAGGAUACAGGAGCGUUUGAACAGCUGAAAAAAAAUUCCAGAUCGCAUACUACCAAAAUUAAUAUUGACAACUCGAUAACAUGUACCAAUGUUCCGAACGCCUUGUUAACUAAAACAGCGGCAAAAGAAUAUUUUAUAAAGUAUGGGAAUAUCGUGAAAAUAACUAUCCGUCCAAGGAAACGUAUAAUCAUAGUAGUUUAUACAUCAAAAAUGGAGGCAAAUGCUGCAUAUUACGGCAGUAGCGACUACAUGGGCGAGAAGUUUCAUGUAGAAUGGACAAAAUUGGAAUCAUCAGUGAAAAUGCCAACUAAAAAGAAAAUUUCGCAUAAAAAUAUAGUGACAAAUCUACUUAAAGCGCCCGACGACGAGAUUAAAUUUGAAUUAGAGGCCAUGACAAAUUUAGAGUAUAAUUUACAUUCUGACAAGGAAGCUAAACUAUCUGAUAAUACAGGUGCAUUAUAUCCAUUAAAAGUUAGAGCACCUGCAGGAAAAACGGUAUUGCCGCAUGAGAAAAUGGCAACCAAAUUUGAGAAAACUGCUGCAAAAAUUGAAAAACUUGAUACAGAGAGUCAGAUAAUUAAACCUUUACCUAAUACCUCUAUAGAGGAGUUACAAAAUAUAAUACAUCAGGUUGCUCUUACGACUGAAGACAAAUACAAGAUUUUGGAAGCUAGGGAUCGUCUCAUGAGAUUAAAACGAAUUAAACCAGCCUCGCUUGCAACAGCUAAAGUAACUAGCGGAACUUGCCCUGAUAUGUGCCCAGAAAAAGAACGUCUUAUGCGCGAAUCGCAGAGGCAAAUUGCGCCAUAUGAACAGCUAGAGGGAAAUGAAUACAAAAUAAAUCACUUGACGGCUAUAAAGCAAUAUUCAAGAUCUUCUGCGGACCAAGAGGAACCGAUGCCCCACGAAUUAAGGCCGGUGAAGUCGUUGAAAAUGACUAUGAGCUACUUGCUGCACGAGAUAAUGGAUCUCUGUGAGCAGGAGGACACAAAUCUGGCAGAAUGGUAUCACUUUCUAUGGGAUAGAACAAGAGGAAUCAGGAAGGAUAUUACGCAACAGGAAUUAUGUUGCGUAGAAAGCGUAGAAUUGAUCGAACAAUGCGCUAGGUUUCACAUAGUAUGUUCGGAGAGACUUUGUGCAGAAGAUGCAUCUGUGUUCGACAUGAAAAUUAAUACGGAAAAUUUAACGAAAUGCCUGCAGACCUUGAAAUAUAUGUAUCACGAUUUGAGACUAAAAGGUAUCACUUGUGAAAACGAAUCAGAAUUCAGAGCAUACAUUGUUUUACUAAAUUUAAAUGAUGGUAAUUUUCUAUAUGACUUGCAACAGUUACCGAAAUCUGUGCAAAAUUCACCAGAAAUUCAGUUUGCGAUCAAUAUAUACUUUGCACUGGAUUCGAGUAAUUACUACAAAUUCUUUAAACUCGUUCGAGAGACGACUUAUUUGAAUGCUUGUAUCUUAUUAAGAUAUUUCAAUCAAAUUAGACUGAAAGCUUUUAAGGUAAUGUUGAAGGCGUAUUGUAGAAGUACUUCGACAGCUUUUCCGUUGUACGAAUUAAUAGAUAUUCUCGGCUUCGAAAACGAGACUGAAGCUAAAUAUUUCUGCGAACAAGUAGGACUGAACUUUUCGAAUGACGAAUUGAACAUUCUCUUUAAUCGUCGGAACUUUAGUAUGCCCGCAGGGAGUAUACAACAGGGUAGGGCCUAUAAUCUGAUAGAAUCGAAAAGAAUUGCGGUACAUUUCAGUAUUGGACAAUGUAUUGCUGGUGGAAAAAUGCCAGAAAAGAUUUACAAGGAUCAUAAACCACAUGAUAGUUUUGACGCACAUGGUUAUUUGAUGCCUGAAUCUAUCAAUGCCAUGGAUCAAAAUACUGAUGCCUCUUCUAUAGAACAACACGAAUAUGAACAUCCAUACGAAUUCACGGAGAGGAGGACAAAGAAAAUGCCAUCAACCCGGGACAAAAAUCAGAAGGCCAUAAAGGAUGUUCGUCCUACCCAAGUUAAAAAACAGUCUGCAAAUACAAACAAUGUAUCAAGUGUACCUAAACUUAUAUCAGUUUCCGAAUCAAUCAUUUCGAAUGAUUUCCAAAUGAUGACAUCAAAUGCAUCCUAUACACAAAGUAGGCUUAAACAAAAAAUAUCAAAUAUAUUUGAGUAUAAACCUCAAUCUUCUUGUGCAUCAACCACACAAAUAAAAAUAGCUUUUGAUAAGCAAUCUGAUAAUGAAAAUGCGAUGACUGGUACAAUGCAUCAUGAAAACACUAUGACUGAGGAUAAACAAUCUGAAAUUUUUGGUAGCAAUAAUAUUUUUAGUAAUAACAAUGCAUUUACAAACGAUCCUAUCGCAUUUUCAAAACAACUAGAAACAUCGCAUAAUGUACAACCUGCUGCGCCCUCGGCAACAGCUAUAAAUCAGAACGUCGGCUCAGGGAUAAGAUCGGAAGAUAUAUUUAUUAGAAAUAUUACGCCUUCUUCAACGGUUUUCGCUAACAAUUAUUUUCUCACACCACUUUCAACAAAUGCAAGCGAUGGGAAUAAAAUAACAAAGAAACGAACUAUCGCCCCUAAGGAAGAACAGAAGGUCCAAAAUGUACAAACUAUUUUGGAGGCUGAAAAAGCGAAAUUGGAGAAGUUGGAGUGUGCGAGAAAAAUGCAACAAAUCGAAGAACAGUCGGAAGAGAUUUACAACAGCUUAUACAAGGAAAUCGCGUAUGAAUUCUGCUCUGCCAUUGCGAAAGAAAAUAUCGAAAGGAUAAAAAUAUAUGAUACAUUGAGCGAGAAAAUUCUUUUCGACAUGACUGGCGAAAUUAUUCACGAGAUAUGUAAUGUAGCAUUGACUGCUGAAAUUAAAAAUCAGCGGAAGUUACAAGCCAUGUUGUCAAGAAUUAAAAAUCAAGUAGUUGUCAAGUGUUUCAAUGUUUGGAAACAGUACGUAUCGAGAAAGAAACGACAGAGAGAAGCAUUGGAAAACACACCGGUUUGGUUGCAGAGACAAUCCGUGGAGGAAAACGCGAAAAUGCUAUAUUCCAAGGAACAGGAAGUAGUGAUACAAAAUAUGCGCGAAAAACAAUGUCAACUGGAUGAGACAACCAAUAUGAAAACUCUUGCGCCAAUCGAAAUUAUCGUGUACGCCGGUAUUAAAGAGAAUCUACGAUUAUUGGAUAUUGGUCCUUUGACUAAUAUAUUUUGGAAACUGGUGAUCUCCUGGCCGGAUUUGAGCAAUAGAACGGUCUUAUGGCAUUACAAGAAAGUGAUAAAUGAGUACUUAUAUCCUGAAGAUUUUACGAUGGAUCCUAUUAUAAAAACUUAUCGACCAAAUCCCUAUGAAACUUUACAUGUUUGCAUAAGACAUCUCGAGGGUUUUAUCAGUGAGCAUAAUUUAGUCGGUACUGAUGCGCUUCUAUUUAUCGCUGAUGCUUCGGAAAACUAUGAAUUUGUUACUAAACGUUUAACGAAAACUGUAUUAUCAAGACACAAGUUGAUGCCUAUGCCGCUCGCUUUUAUAAUCUUGGGUAAUGGAAAUUUGAAAAUUCAGAAUGACAAUAUUGUCUCAGUCUUGGAAUCUCUCUUGGAAUCUGGUUACAUACUGGAAUAUACAAUUAUGUACAAGGAAGAUCUGUCUACAAAAAUUAUUUUAAAUUUGAUACAAAGUGUAGUUUUAUGGUUGACAAUGAACAAAUCGCCACCAAUUCCAUUGGAAAUGGAUUACUUGUAUAAUAUAUAUAACAUUUGUUUAUCAGAAGAGUUGUGGUUAAGGAUAUUGGAUGAUGCUAUGUUCAAUAAACAAUUGUCAAAUGCAUUAAGAAAUCCCAAUUUUGUAAUUGAUUUACACAAUGAAGCUGUAAAUCAUUUGAUAGACAUAAUUUUAGAUCCAGAAUCUAUGUUAUAUACAAAUUUCGCACCCGAGUUAAAAAAAUUCCUUCAAAAUAGUAGUAUGAUGCCAUGCAGUUAUGAAUAUUUCGACGAAUCGUGGAAACAAGAUGAAUACAGAGCAAAAUUAGAGAACACAAUGAAUAGUUUUGUGUUACCACCAUGGAAUGCACCAUGGCCAAUAACGGAUAUACAAGACUUACGACGAUAUAUUAUAAAAUAUUGUAGAGAGGUGCUAUCUGACUCAAAUUGUAACAUCGUAUUUUGUGAUAUAUUAAGUAAUUUAUAUCUUACUUCAGGAAGUUUGCAGUUAUCCAAUUUCGUACACAUACUAUUACAUGUGGUUAAAGAAAAGAUACAACUUCUGGACGAACAAAUAGUCAUUUAUAACAGAAAUCACAUCAAACAUUUCCAGACAUUACCGUGGUGGUUUAAAUCUAAUGUACUAACAAAAUUCCUGUCGCAGGAAUUAAAUUUUGAUGAUAAUUAUAUAUUAAAUGAACCGGCGAUCAAAAGAAAGAAACUCAAUACAUCGGCGAACGAUUUGUAUGAUAGUGUAUUAGACGAGAAAUUUGAUUCAUUAGCAGAAUUUUGUGAAAGUACCAAAGCUCGAAUCAUAGAGAUACACUCUGUAUCUAAGGAGAUAGAAAGCCGUUUGCAAACGCAACAAUUGGAGAAUACAUUAUUGGAAGAGAGACUGAAGAAUGCCUUGUUUGACGAAGAGAACUUUGUAAAGAGAAAUGCGUGAUUUUUUCCCAUUCAGUUAUAUAUGGCAUGAUUUAUAAUAGUAUUUUGAUUUUGUAAGUUUUAUUAUGUACAAAUAUAUAUAUA